AUGCGGAAAAAACCUAGAGGCAUUGGAGCUUAUGAUCAUUUUUCAUCUUCUGUUACUAUAAAUGGCUCAAUAUCUUGGGGAGUAAAAUUAGAUAAUGUUGAACUUACAAUAGAUGAGAUAACUGCCAAUAAUCUCAAAGAGUUAUACUAUACCAAAAACCUUGUUGAAGGUAUUCCUGAUGAAAAAUCAAUGCCUAAAUUGGAGAAGAAAGAAAGAAUAGAAAAAAUACUUGCUAAUCCUAAUGAUUACUCUCUUGAAGAUAUUCUCAAGUUAGGCAAGAAAGAGUUAAAAGAAAAAUUAUUUGAACUAGCACAACAAAAAAAUGAAGAAAUAAGAAAACAAAAAGAAAAGGAGUUCAUGGAUGAAUUAAGAAAGAAGUUUAAUAUAGAUGAGGAAAGGAAAUCUAACCAAAAAGAAGAGAAAGAUGAAGUUCCUCCCUUAGAAAAAGAUAGUGAUUCUCCAAGUGAAUAA